AAAGUGAAAACAGCCGGAGUUUACGCGUGUUUGUGGACCGUUUUGUGAUCUGGGGGAACCGGUGCCGACGACGGGACGUGGCCACGAUGAAUGUGAUUCGGGCGGUUCAGCUGUACCUGGAGAAGAUGAUCUCCGAGGCAGGCCCCGGGAUGAAAAUGUUGAUGAUGGAUCGGGAAACCACCAGCAUCGUCUCGAUGGCGUUCGCCCAGUCCGAGAUGCUGCAGAAGGAGGUCUAUCUGUUCGAGCGCAUCGACUCGGGCCGGUCCAACGAGCGGCUCAAGUACCUCAAGUGUAUCGUGUUCAUCCGGCCCACCCGGGACAACAUCCUGCGGCUGCAGAGCGAACUCAAGAGCCCCAAGUACGGCUCGUACUAUAUUAAUUUCAGCAACAUAAUUCCCCGCACGGACAUCAAAUCGCUGGCCGAAAGCGACGAAAGUGAGUCCGUGCGCGAGGUUAAGGAAGUGUACGCCGACUAUUUGCCGGUGAAUCCGAACCUUUUCUCGUUGAACAUUCCCAUGUGUCUGCAGGCGCUCUCUUGGAACCCAGACGCGUUGGAGCGAUCGGUCCAAGGGAUCAUUAGUAUGUUGCUUUCGUUCAAGCUUCGUCCGGCUAUCCGAUACAAGGGUAGUUCUAGUGUGGCCCAAACGUUGGCAAAGAAGAUCCACGAAACCAUCAACAAGGAAACGGCGCUGUUUAGCUUUCGACCACCGGAGGACGGAUCUCCGCCGCCGUUGUUGUUGAUUCUGGACCGUCGGGAUGACCCGAUCACUCCACUGUUGAACCAGUGGACGUACCAAGCUAUGGUACACGAACUGUUGACCAUUAACAAGCAACGGGUUGAUCUCUCCGGGGUGCAGGGCGUUCCCAAAGAUCUGAAGGAGAUUGUGCUCUCCUCAGAACAAGACGAGUUUUACGCUGGAAAUCUUUACGCGAAUUUCGGCGAGAUCGCCACGACUAUUAAGGUAAUGAUGGACGAAUUUCAGAAGAAGACUCAAGAUCAGAAGAAAAUCGAGAGCAUUAACGACAUGAAGAACUUUGUCGAGACGUAUCCGCAAUUUAAGAAGAUGUCCGGCACGGUCACCAAGCAUUUGGUGCUGAUCAGCGAGCUUUCGCUGCAGGUUGGCAAACAGCAGUUGUUUGAGAUUUCAGAACUUGAGCAGGAAAUAGCUUGCCGUGCGGACCACUCGACCCAGCUGCAGCGGGUCAAGAAGCUUGUUUCCGACGAGAAGAUCAACCUUCACAACGCACUUCGUCUCAUUCUGCUGUACUCUAUGCGAUACGAACGUCACGCCAACUGUGGCACAUCCGGGCUGCUUAAGGCACUGCAAGAUCGAGGAGGUCGAGCACACAUCGUCCCAAAAAUGCUGGAAUACAUCAGUACCAGCGCCCGCCAGGAACUCUUCAACACGGUCAAGAUCACCGACGCCGUCAAGCUGACCCGCAACCUGAUCAAAGGUCUAAAAGGGGUCGAAAAUGUGUACACUCAGCACAACUGCGUGCUCAAAGAAGUCCUCGAGGAGGUCAUCAAGGGUCGUCCACUAGACGCGGCCUAUCCGAUCAUGGGCAACGAGCUACCAUUUCGUCGACCUCCGCAAGAAGUGGUCGUGUUUGUAGUCGGAGGAACCACGUACGAGGAAGCGCUGGCCGUGCAUCGGUACAACCAGGAAGGCUGCAAGGUGAUCCUCGGCGGCACAACCAUCCACAAUUCGGACAGUUUCAUCGAGGAGAUCGUGGCGGCCACUGCCGGCAUUCCGUUCAAGCAUUCGCGAUCGCUGCAGCAGUUUCACAGCGCUCCCCACGGGGAAGCUUAGAGCGGCGUAACGGCUGAGUAUGUGUGCUUGUUUGAAAUUGUAUGUGGUGUGACUCUUUCAAUGGAUAUAUUCGUUUUUGCAUUUUAGAAGAGUAUGAAAACUAAACACAGCAUUAUGCAACUGUUAUACUAAAUUAUUCUAUUCAACUAUCUAUGUAUGGUAACGUAAUUAACCCUAUUUUAUAGAUGUAUGCAAAUUAAAGUUCUUGACCGAGAAUAAUCAUA